AUGGAGUCGUCGGAAAGCCAUGGAUUGCUCUCGCCUCCGGCGUCCGCCGCGUCCCCUGCUGCGAGCGGCACGUCUUACCACAAUCGAACUGCGACCCUGCCGACACCGCGGUCCCAUCCUCUACGGCCCGGAUCGCAGAAAGAAAUUGCGCUCAUAAAUUACCUUGACGACCGGAUCCUGAGGAUUUCCAGACGAUAUGCAAAGAAGUUCAGUGACGAAGGGCUCCAAAAUGAUGACACACCAGGCUACACUACGUAUGAUGAGUUUGUGGCCGACGCAGACCCUCUGGUGGACGUUGUCUGGGUGAGCGGAACACCAACCAUACAAAUCCCGUACCUCCUUACCCUGGCAGGGUUGGUCUGCUCUUAUCUACAAGCAUUUCCUUUUUCAAUGUCGUUCUUCUACAUCGUCGCCAAACUUGACCAAGGGUUCGUGGCCCUUUUACAGCCUUCCGAAAAUGGUAGCGCUCCGGGGGCCACGUCUCAUUCAGUGUCAACAACAGAGAAGGUUCGUAUCAAAUCACUGGUUGAAGAAACACGAGUUGCAGCCGUCCGCGCUGCCUCUGCCAGUGGACAUCAAGCCAAUAUUCACGACAUUUCUGAAGUCGACACCACGGAUGAAGAUGAAGAUCAGGAAGACAACGAUGGAGAUGAUGGCGGCGAUCUUGAUUCUGACUCGAUAUCCCUCGGCAUAGCAAAGGUCUACAAAAGAACUUUGGAAAUCCUGGGUGAUUCUCUGGUUUCUGAGGUGCUGUCGCAACAUGAAGGCGCCAUAACUGAAACAUCCAGAGAUGAGAUGAGGGAUGGCUGA